ACAGCACUUUGAGUAAAGGAAGUGUAAGUAAAGUUAGAUAUGUCAAUUGAUCAGCUGAUCAGAGAGUGCUGAGACGAAUCAUGUGAAUUAGUAAUUAAUUCACGCGGCAUUGAAAAUUGACAGCUAAUUGGCUGGAAACAUACGUUUUUGAAUCCUAUUGUUGUUAAAUAACUCGCUAUGCGCAAAGAUUAUUAUUUUAUUGAAUAUGAGAAUAAUAUAUAUAUAUAUACAUCUAAGAUGAUGUUUUAAUCUCAAGUUGAGAAAAAUAAAAAAUAAAUUGGUCUACAAUUCUUCAUAGCGUGAUGAAAUAUGCAGGCAUCAUUGUCAGCUCAAACAAUUGGCUGUAUUGGAAAAUGUACAAUUGGUUUGACAGUUGAAGAGCUAGAUCAAAUUACAGAUAAUAUAAAUAGAACUUUAUCUCAUCCAAAAGGUAGACAAAUUUUUGAAAGAUACCUUCAACAACGUAAUCUUCAAAGUAGUCUGGAGUGUUUGGAAUUGUAUAAAACUUGUUCAGAAUUUCUUGCUAAGGAGUUGACUAAAUCACAAUCAAAAGAUUCUGAUUUAGAAUCUUUAACUAUGGAUGUUACAAUGGUGAGAGACAUUGCCGAAGAUCUGGAUGGUGUUCCACAAAUAGACAUGGCACUUAUGGAACGAUUUAAUGAGGCCUUAACAAAUAAAACUAGAGAAGCAUUACUUGCUGUAUUAGAAGAUACCAGAGAUCGAGCGCGAGAUUAUUUAAGAAAUGUACAUCAAAGUUUUAAGCAAUAUAUUUCAGAACCAUGUUCAUUAACGAAAUAACAUUAUAUAAGCAUGUUAAAGUAAGAGGUUCAGAUGUUUUGCUACAUUUUCACUGCGAAAAUCUGUGAUGUACAUUUUUAUUUUCAUAUAUGAUAUACCUUUAUUCUUUAUUUAUAUACAACUUACAUAGUACUUACUGUCCAAAAAUGCAUUUAAUACCCAAGGAUUCUAAUUUAUGUAUAAUAGAUUAGAAAUAUAAAUAUUUAAAUAUAGAAAGAGUAAAUUUAUAAGAUUGUAGGGAUUAGAUCAUAAAAUUAUAUACAACACAAUGCAGUCAAUGAAAUAAGAGCUUUGAAUUACUUAAGACUAUUUUUCACAAUUAUAUAAAAUAUAGAAGAUUAAUAAAACAAUAUCGCUAACAAGAA